AGGCAGGUCAAGUUGACAGGAACAAUAAGAAUGUGUUCCGCUAAUUUCUGCGGGGCUGAAUCAACAAUAAUAGGCUCCAUUUCUUUAUUACAACUUUUCUAUCUCGCGCCCUCCCAUUCUCCACCCUUUUCCGCCUCCACAUCCUGUCAAGAAGCAGUCUUGACUGUGGUCUCAAGUACCUCGCCGAUCCAUUCGGCAUACACUCAGUAUACUGGGAAUGCUCAAUAUUUUCUCCAAGAAGAACCAGUCAAUAAUGACUUCUGCGGAUAUUCGGCUUGGCUACAUUCUGCAAAGUGCCCGACGACGGAUCCCUAAUUUACACCGAACGAACCAUCUUCCUUUUUCCUUUUUUUUUUUUUUUUUUUUUUUAAAUAUAAUAAAUCUGUCCUUUUCAGCUGCAUAGCCAUGCCAGAAUGGUGGAUCUGUAGGCCUUUUGUGCUGGAACAGUUUUGCUCUGGAACAGGGAAGUUUCAAAUACUUAUUUUUUAAUUAUUCUGAUGUUUAUAGAAUAUGCAGCUGGAAAGAAGAGGGUCUUGGGGGACAGAUAGAGGGACAGAAUGGACAAGGGGACUAGGGGUGAGAACCACAGCAGAACAAUAGUUAGACAGUGUAGGUAUUUGACAACAAAUAAUGUUACAAAAGUCAAAUCAUGUUCUUAUUUGUGGACGGGGGGACACCCGGUGAGGACACGCAACAAAAUAGGACAAGAUGAGAGAGAACGGAAAAGCGCAGGACAGGACAGGAUGUGUGAAAUGAGCAAGGCAGUGCUACUGAUGAAUAGCGCGGUGGGAUGCUUUUAUAGUGUCAAAACACCUGUAAGAACCAGCGAGUUGAUAUCGUAAUACAACGUGUUAUUAUUAGUGGACCCAGCACAAGCAAUUAAAACCUAUAGCGUGUCUAUGGAAUUUAUUAGUGAAUGAACACCAUAUCACAUGCAUGUUGGUCAACUGGUGUACAGCGUUGCUGAGCUGGCACAUUGAGGAAGGCUGGGCCGCAAGGGGGGCCAAGCCUGCGAGCCCAUCCCAGCGAGCCCAUCCCAUAGGGGACCCAGCCAGGUAGACUCCACCCACUCCCCAAGACCCAGGCUGGCCCCCCAGUCCAACUGAAACACCCUGACCAGUCCCAAAGGGAGGGGCAAGGGUACUGGACCAACAACCCCAACGUCCAAUUGCCCCCACCCGCCACCCAGUGCCACCCCUGCCACCCCCAGAAAGCAUGGGGGCCCCAACCACCAACAGGGCCCAACGCAGGAGCCAGCUGCCACCCAAAAAAGCUCACAGCCUGCCAAAAACGAGCCCAUGUCAAGUACCUGUCACAAGCAAUGACGGGCAAUGGCGCCAAGAGAGGGGAGAGGAAGGCGGGGAUACAAGAGGGGAGGUACCCUACUCUCCUCACGGCCUGACAACCGAAGGGGGGGAGAAGGCCCCCAGGAGUAAAGCCAAGAGAAAUGUGAAUACCCACCACCCACCCUAUUACUAUGGUUACCAGGUCCCCAACUGGCAACCAUUAUCCCUGUACCGUGAUCGUGUGUGGUGGGGUGUCACGUAUUAAAAUUGGGGAGACUGGUGGGGGUGGGGCGAGACGGUCACAGGGCAAAGAUGACCUGUAACCGUUUCCCAUCCCGACACUGUCCUCCCCCCACAGAUGGGUCUAUGAUGCAUUAAAACUGGAGGGCCGGCAGGCCAGAGAAGGGGGGCGACCGGACUUGAGACCAGCACAGAUGUGCCAGGACCCAGCCCGGCGUCUGCCUCAUCAUGCCUCGUGCUAGCCACCCAGGGGACCCUGAAUAAGAUGUGAAUGUACCCAAUGAGUGAAAUAUGUACAGUGAGAGUAAUAAAAAUGCCGGCCCGGCCCAACCGGCUGGAGGACAGCAGCAAACCCCCUCCCCCAGCCACCACAGACCAGCACCCAGAACAGGGCACAGAAGGCUGGCCCGUCCAAGGCAGGAGGCGGCGACACCAUACCAUAGGACCCGAAGUCAGCCGGGGACCCCACACAGCCCAAGCGAGAGAGAGGUGACGACCACGGCGCAGCGCCCCGGGGAGAUGGAAGAGGAUGACACAGGACCUGGCUCCAACUCCAUGGCCCCCACCCUCCACCCGGAGACCAGGACGAGGCCCCUGGAGUAGGGCCAGCGGGCCCCUCACCAGCAUCCACGGACUGAGAGCAGCCCCGUGACCGGCCCCUCCCAGGAUGGCAACACAGACAAAACCCAACCCAAGAGGAAGAGGAAGAAUCAAGCCCAGCAUCCCCAGAAGCCCUCGUCGUAGAUCCAAAAGGAUUGGGUUCAAGUACAUGGGACAGUGACUCAAUGGCAUCCACAGGAGUCUAAAAUGAGAAGAUAUGAUUUGGUCACAUUACAUUGCAUUUACAUUAGAUUACAUUUUUGUAUGAGAUUCUUUCCCAAGCAAGCAAGAAUCAAGCUUCAAGGGUCACCAUUUUAAUAAAAGGUGACCAGUUAGAGGGAAGUGGGUAAUGCAGCCAUAUGGGUGGCACAAGCCAGUGCAAACUGUAGGCCAGUCUCAAGCCGGGAUAAAUGCAGAGGGUUGCGUCAGAAAGGGCAUCCGGCUUACAACUUUGCCAAACAAAUAUGACUGUUCAUCUAAAGAAUUCCAUACCGGAUCGGUCGUGGCCCGGGUUAACAACGUCCGCCUCCGACAGCGUUAACCUGCAGCGUGCUGGUGGAAAUUCAGCUACUGUGGGUCAAAGACGAAGGAGAGGUGGAAAGCGGGUUCUUCGGCUGAAACAGAAGAGGAAACCACAGAGGCUACAAUUGAAUUUGGGGACUUUGAAUGUUGAGACUAUGACAGGAAAAUCUCGGGAGUUGGUUGACAUGAUGAUUAGGAAAAAGGUUGAUAUAUUGUGUGUCCAGUAGACCAGGUGGAAAGGCAUUAAGACUAGAGGUUUAGGGGCAGGGUUUAAAUUAUUUUACCAUGGUGUAGAUGGAAAGAGAAAUUGAGUCGGGGUUAUUUUAAAAGACGAGUUGGCUAAGAAUGUCUUGGAGGUGAAAAGAGUAUCAGAUGAGGGUGAAACUUGAAAUUGAGGGUGUUAUGUAUAAUGUGAUUAGUGGCUAUGCCCCACAGGUGGGAUGUGACCUAGAGGUGAAAGACAAAUUCUGGAAGGAGCUAGACAAAGUAGUUCUGAGCAUCCCAGACAGAGAGAGUCGUGAUUGGUGCAGAUUGUAAUGGACAUGUUGGUGAAGGUAAUAGGGGUGAUGAAGAAGUGAUGGGUAAGUACGGCUUCCACGAAAGGAACUUGGAGGGACAGAUGGUGGUAGACUUUGCAAAAAGGAUGCAAAUGGCUGUAGUGAACACUUUUUUUUCCCCCCAGAGAGGCAGGAACAUAGGGUUAACCUACAAGACCAGAGAUAGAAGCACGCAGGUGGAUUAUAUCUUGUGCAGACGAUGUUAUCUGAAGGAGGUUACUGACUGUAAGGUAGUGGUAGGGGAGAGUGUGGCAAGACAGCAUAGGAUGGUGGUGUGUAAGAUGACUCUGGUGGCGGGGAGGAAGAUGAGGAAGACAAAGGCAGAGCAGAGAACCAUGUGGUGGAAGCUGAGAGGACGAGUGUUGUGCAGCUUUUCGGGAAGAGGUGAGACAGGCUCUCGGUGGACAGGAGGAGCUUCCAGAAGACUGGACCACUGCAGCCAAGGUGAUCAGAGAGGCAGACAGGGGAGAGUACUUGGUGUAUCUUCUGGCAGGAAAGGAGAGAGGGAGACUUGGUGGUGGAACCUCACAGUACAGGAAAUCAUACAAGGAAAAAGGUUAGCUAAGAAGAAGUGGAACACUGAGAGGACCGAGGAGAGGCGAAAGGAAUACAUUGAGAUGCGACAUAGGGCAAAGGUAGAGGUGGCAAAGGCCAAACAAGAGGCAUAUGAUGACAUGUAUGCCAGGUUGGACACUAAAGAAGGAGAAAAGGAUCUAUAUGGGUUGGCCAGACAGCGGGAUAGAGAUGGGAAGGAUGUGCAGCACGUUAGGGUGGUUAAGGAUAGAGAUGGAAAUAUGUUGACUGGUGCCAGUAGUGUGCUAGAUAGAUGGAAAGAAUACUUCAAGGAGUUGAUGAAUGAAGAAACUGAGAGAAGUGUGGUGGACCAGGAAGUGGCAAUGAUUAGUAAGGGGGAAGUUAGAAAGGCAUCAAAGAGGAUGAAAAAUGGAAAGGCAGUUGGUCCUGAUGACAUUCCUGUGGAGGUAUGGAAGCAUCUAGGAGAGGUGGCUGUGGAGUUUUUGACCAGCUUGUUCAAUAGAAUUUUAGCGCGUGAGAAGAUGCCAGAGGAAUGGAGGAAAAGUAAAAAAGUGCAUUUUUAAGAACAAGGGUGAUGUGCAGAGCUGUGGGAACUAUAGACGAAUAAAGUUGAUGAGCCACACAAUAAGUUAUGGAAAAGAGUAGUGCAGGCUAGACUCAGGACAGAAGUGAGUAUUUGCAAGCAACAGUAUGGUUUCAUGCCAAGAAAGAGUACCACAGAUGCAUUAUUUGCCUUGAGGAUGUUGAUGGAAAAGUACGAAGAAGGUCAGAAGGAGCUACAUUGUGUCUUUGUAGAUCUAGAGAAAGCCUAUGACAGAGUACCCAGAGAGGAACUGUGGUACUGCAUGCGGAAGUCUGGAGUGGCAGAGAAGUAUUUUAGAAUAAUACAGGACAUGUACGAGGGCAGCAGAACAGUGGUGAGGUGCGCUGUAGGUGUGACAGAGGAGUUUAAGGUGGAGGUGGGACUGCCAGCCAAUCAUAGAACCAUAGAAACAAACAACCAUUCGCACUCACAUUCACACCUACAGGCAAUUUAGAGUCUACAAUUAACCUCCCCUGCAUGUUUUUGGGAUGUGGAGUCCCUGGAGAAAACCCACGCAGGCACGGGGAGAACAUGCAUACUCCCCACAGGCGGGGCCGGGAUUUGAACACCAGCCCCAGAAGUGUGAGGCGGAUGUUCUAACCAGUCGUCCACCAUGCCGCCUAGGAGUGACUGGGUUGGAUAAAGUUAGAAAUGAGCUCAUCAGAGCCAAGGUUAGAUGUUUUGGAGACAAAGUUAGAGAGAGCAGACUUCGAUGGUUAGGAAACGUCCAGAGGAGAAAUAGUGAGUAUAUUGGUAGAAGGAUGAUGAGGAUGGAGCUGCCAGGCAAGAGAGCUAGAGGAAGACCAAAGAGAAGGUUGAUGGAUGUCGUGAGGGAAGACAUGAGGGCAGUUGGUGUUCGAGAGGAGGAUGCAGGAGAUAGGAUUACAUGCUGCGGCGACCCCUAACAGGACAAGCCGAAAGGAAAAGAAGUUAGAGGGAAGGGGCUCUCGUGCAUGUUAUCCCUGUCAAAAGACUCACCACUCCUGCGUCAGUGUGAGCGCAGUAAUUGUUCAUUGUUUGGCAUCAGGAUGCCUCGCGUUGGGGAAACAAUUAUCACAUGGCCUGCUGGGUUUAUGUUCUUUUUCAUCUCCUUUAAUGGCUUCUCGGUCAUUCUCUUUUGAACCCCGAACAGGACAUACUGUAAUGUGCAAACUCAAGAGUAGUGGAUGAAAAGAAAUCCGUCUGCUAUUAUCACGAGUGGAACGAAAAAGAGGUAUCAUUCGGAGAGACGAAAGGCCACCAGCGUUUGACAGCUUAGGCUUUGCAGUUUUUGUACGUUGAUGGUUCCGUUGCCCGCGGAUGGCCAGUUGACAUUGAAGCAGCGUUCCAGAAUUGUUGCCUGGCAAAAGGCUGAUGAAAAUGAAGGAGUGGGAGGACGUUCACGAGCCGAGGUUGUUGGUCAUCCCCUUCAGCGGCGGCCUGGAGAGCGUGCUGCAAGAUGAGUCAAGAGGAGCACCGCGGGCAAGAUCAUCAAGGCAGGCUACGCUGCCCUGCACCUCGAGUACUUCUUCACUGCUGGACCUGAUGAGGUCUGUGGAUGGACUGUAUGGAGAGCCAAGCAUAGACUCGCAAUGACACAAGAUUACUCGGGCAGAAAUCAAUAGCAACAAGGAAUGGGAACCAGAAGGUGCUGAUAGCAAGGCUGACUUCUUAUCACCGUCCACGGUGCCCUGGCAAUGCCCAGCCGACGAGAAGGCUAUCCAGGAAUCGGGACUCGAGGCCCGAAAACAAAUAAAGGAACUAAGGCUCCACAGGCGACCGGAAAGAUCUGCACAGACUUGGAGAAGGGCUUCAUUAUGGCGGCACUAAUGAAAUUCCAGGAUUUUAAAGAGGAAGGCAGCAAGAGCGCUGUCAAGGUCAGAGGUCACCAAGAUGUUGCCCACAGUCACGGGCUCUUCUAAAAAUAGCUCACCAGUGAUGGGACAUUGUGAUUUCCUAAGAAUGUUGUAGAGGCACCGGGGAAAUAUAACACGGAACUGCACUGUUGAAGAUGGAGAAAUCAUCUUUUUCAAAUUCAAUGCACCAAAUACACCCAAGAAAAAGUGACUCAAACAGUUAGCAUGACUGACUGUGCCAGCGCAGGUCUGACAAAUGCCGCCGCUGCACGCUCGCUCUCUGUCUCACGUCCUGUAGGAUCAAAUCCCUCUCAGCGCCAAGGCGCGCAGGUUACCUCAACUCUUGACAGCUUUUCUAUUCAAGAUCAGGAUCAGCCCCCUACUCCAAAUUGUAAGGAGCACAUUACUCUCCAGAUACUUCAUUAAUCUCCAUCAUGGCUGCUAGCACUGUCACAGCUGACAGCGGGGACAAUGCCACCUGCUCCUCUCCCCACUUGGGCAGAUAAUGCGUGUUUUACAGUAAGCCAGAUGUCUACACUCAAUAAAACAUUUGACAAAACCAA